AUGCUCAACAUUCCAGAAGAUUUACCCAGCAGACGCCAAAGAGUAUACUAUUGCUUGUCUAUACUGCUCUACAGUGAAGUUGGUUUUGGGGCAUUUAAAGAAGUUCCAUGGUUCCACUUUGAAUUUUACCAGCAGUUCCAGGCCUUGAGGUAUGCGGUGGAGGAGAUCAACAGAAGUUCUGAACUCCUCCCUAACCACACUCUGGGUUUCUAUGCCUAUGAUGGCUGUUGUGUUCUGCGAAGUGAACUGUGGGGAACACUGUGGAUGCUAACUGGUCUAAGCCAAGCAAUACCAAAUUACUGUUGCCAGGAAAUUCCUCCUCUGGUUGCCAUCAUUGGUCACUCAUUGUCAUCUCACUCCAUUCUUCUGGCUCAUAUCCUGGGACUGUACAAAUUCCCUCAGAUCAGCUACUACUCCACCAGCUCUCUUUUGAAUGAUAGAAUUCAAUUCCCCUCUUUUUUUAGGACUGUACCAAGUGAUGUCUUUCAGUCUAGGGGACUUGCUCAGUUGGUGGUGUAUUUUAAUUGGACGUGGGUGGGACUUCUUGCUGUGAAUGAUGAAUAUGGCAAUGAGGCAACCGAGCUCAUUAAACAGGAGAUAAUAAAGGAAGGAGCAUGUAUUGCCUACACUAUACACAUCUCAAGCAACCUGGUCUACAAAAACUUACCAAGCACUGUAAAAAUAAUAAAGGAGUCCAGUGCCAAUGUAAUAAUUGUAUUUUCUGUUGACACCUACCUAAUACCUCUUCUGGAGGAAAUGCUAAAACAGAACAUUACUGGAAAAACCCUUGUUGCAAGUGAAGCCUGGUCCAUUUCAACUGAUUUAUCAGUGGGAAAAUAUUCAUCCAUUCUAUCUGGAUCGAUUGGUUUUGCCUUCCAUAGCUCAGAAAUUCAAGGGUUUAAGGACUAUCUAAAUUCUAUUAAUCUUAUGACCACACCAGGGAUACCUUGGUUACAAAGACUUUGGGAAGAGAUUUUUGGAUGUAGGCUUUCUAGUAUGACAAACCUUACUGUUAAGAUAAGCAACGUAGAUCAGCCAUGCACAAGAGAUGAAAAUCUAGAACUGGUGCAAAACAGCUACAAUGAUGUUUCCAGCUUGAGAUCUUCCUACAAUAUCUAUACCGCAGUGUAUGUCAUAGCGAAAGCUCUUGAUGACUUUAGCCAUUGUCAACCACUAGAUGGACCUUUGACUGGCGGAAAAUGUUCAGACUUAAGAAAUAUUAAACCAUGGCAGUUACUGAAAUAUUUUUAUAAAGUCAAAGUAAAGAUGGACAACAAAAGGAUGGUUUACUUUGAUAAGAAUGGAAACCCACCAGCUGUUUAUGAUAUUGUCAACUGGCAACCAAGAGCAGAUGGUACCAUGAAACAGGUGAAAGUAGGCAGCUAUGAUGUUCAGUAUGAAUCUGGAGAGAUAUUUAGCAUCAAUACAAGCUUGAUAUGGUGGGCUACAGUAAAUCAGAAGACCCCCCUCUCUGUUUGUAGUGAAAGUUGUCCAGUAGGCUUCAAGAAAGUCAUUAAAAGAGGAGAACCAUUGUGCUGCUUUCAGUGUAUUCCAUGUGCCCAAGGAGAGAUCUCCAACCAGACAGAUUCAUUUGAGUGUUGGAGUUGUCCCUGGGACACGUGGCCCAACAACAAAAGAGACAGAUGUUUCCCAAAACCAACUGAGUUCCUUUCCUAUAAUGAUCCACUGGGGAUCACCAUGGCAGCUACAAGUUCUUUCUCUUCUGUGGUUCCAGUUUUUAUCUUUCAACUUUUUAUCCAGUAUAAAUCCACCCCAAUUGUGAGAGCCAAUAACUUUCAUGUGAGUUGCAUUCUCUUAGUAUCUCUGUCUUUGUGUUUCCUCUGUGCUUUGGCUUUCAUUGGUUACCCCCAACCUGAGAAGUGCCUUCUACGUCAGGCUGCAUUUGGUCUUGUCUUUGCCCUCUGUGUAUCCUGCAUUUUGGCCAAAACCAUAAUUGUUGUUUUUGCCUUCAAAGCCACUAAACCUGGGAGCAACCUCAAAAAAUGGACAACUCCUUAUGUACCUUAUAUGAUCAUUGUCAUCUGCACCCUCAUUCAAUUCAUUUUAUGUAUCUUUUGGUUGUCUGUCUCUCCUCCUUUCCCUCAAUACAAUAUUGAAGCUAAACCUGGAAUCAUUGUUGUAGAGUGCAAUGAAAAUUCUCCAUUUGCCUUCUGGUGCAUGCUGGGAUAUCUUGGAUUUUUAGCCUCUGUCAGUUUCACUGUAGCUUUCCUGGCCAGGAGACUCCCUGACAACUUCAAUGAGGCCAAAUUAAUAACAUUCAGUACGUUGGCCUUCCUCAGUGUCUGGGUGUACUUUAUUCCAGCCUCUCUCAGUGCCCAGGGCACGUAUACUGUUUCCAUGGAAGUCUUUGCCAUUCUGAUUUCCAGUUGGGCUCUUGUGGCCUGCAUGUUCUUCCCAAAAUGUUUUAUUAUAUUGUUCAAACCCAACAUGAACUCCAAAGAAAACCUCAUGGGGAAAAAUAUAAAUAGAAAAAUAAUGGUCAAGAAGGAUCUGUCGAAUGUUCAAUCUGUCCUCACUUUCCAGUAUAUACUUCUGAGGUUUCAUGAUGUAGAAAAGGAGUUGGAGAGCAGAUAA